UGAAAUGAAAUAAAUUUUAUCAUUAAAUUAUUUGGAUAAUAUUUUAAAUCGCUCAGUUUUGAUAAUGGCAACAGAAAAUCAAUUAAAAACUCUUACUAGAAAAAAACAGUCACCUAUCGAUCUGCUUGACAUAAUUGUACGACCGAUUUAUUUACCACCAUUGCAAUUAAAUGGACAUUGGUUAAAUGAUGGAAAAGCAUUUUUAACGAAUAAUGGAACGACGGCUGUAAUUAAUCUAAGUGGUGAAAGAAUUCCAUCCAUUAUUCAAUCAGGUCCAUUAAAUGAUGAGUAUGAAUUAUGUGAAGUUCAUUUCCACUGGGGUAAAGAUAAUUGUAAUGGAUCGGAGCAUACUAUCAAUGGAACUUGGUAUUCAAUGGAAGCGCAUGCAGUACAUUGGAAUCGGAAAUACCAGAUAUUUGAUGAAUGUUUAAAAUAUGAAGAUGGCCUGUGUAUAUUAGUUUUUUUGUUCUUGGUAAAAGAUACAGACGAUUGUAUUAGCUGUGUUAAACUGGAAAAAAUUACAAAUAACUUGAAAUAUAUCAUAAAUAAAGAUUCAAAAGUGGAAAUUGAUGCUAAUUGUCUUUGUUGGAUACGUAAAGCGAACCAUUGUAAAUAUUAUUAUUUUUAUAAUGGUUCCUUUAACCAGCUCGAUUAUCCGGAAUGUGCACUAUGGAUUAUAUUCCCAAAUUAUAUACAAAUCGGAUCGGAUCAGAUAAUGGAAUUUAGGAAACUGAAAGAUGAAAAAGGCAGGACAAUAAAGUCAAAUGUGCGUAAAAUACAACAUCUUGGCGACAGAAAAAUUUAUAAGGCAAUUUGCCCAUGUAAAAAGGGAACAUAA